CGCCACCGCCGGAGUCUUUUAUAUUUUCUUCUCCUGUUGCCGCCGCGCCGCCGUAAUACCUCGUCCGACUGUACGCUGUCUAUUCUCUACUCCUCUCUUAUUUUACACGCUCGUCAUUAUUUGGCCGUCGUCGUCGUCGGUGUAUAUAAUACCACGGUUAUAUUACAUAUAUAUAUAUACAUUUUUUUUUUUUUUUUACCCGUUCGGUUUUCAUCGCGGUGAACUCGCCGUCGGAUCGUCGUACCGUAUGAACACCACCGCUUGAACCGACCGAACUGUCGAUAGAAAAAAAUCAAAAAAAAAAAAAAAUCUAUACGCACAUAAUCGUAAAUAAAUACAACUUCGGGGUUUAUCGUACAGGUAUAAUAUAAGUGCACAAGUACAAUUUACUUCAAGCGAAUAUCGUGGCGAGUGGCGGACAUACGAGACACGAGCGCGGGAAAGGUAAGACGCUAUUUUUGUUGAUUUUUUUGUUCAGUUUUGUUUUUUUUUCUCUCGUUCAUACCGGAUUCCCGUUAUAGCCCACACUCGGACCGUUAUAUUAUGUGUCUACCUAUUACUUAUUUAUUUUUUUCUAGUAUGAAAACAACAAACCGAAAAAAAACUCGAAAAAGACACAUUUAUAGUCUACUCAGUAAAACUUCAUAAGUCAACAUUUUUAUUUUUUUUCGUAUACUUUGGUAGAUGUUGAAGUCACAGUUUGUCGUUACUCCUGUAGUAUAUUUUCCUAAAAUCGACUUACUAAGGUUUUACCGAGCAAGUAGCCGACGAUAUGACUAGUGCUUCACUUUGGUGACCUAUAGCACUCGCAUUUCAUAAUGUAACUCACUAAAACCCUAUACUAUUACAAUAUUGUGCUAAUUUGAAUUAUUUUAUUAAUAAUUAAUUAUUUAUUUUAAUUGUAAAAAUUAAUAUAAUCACAUUUGAGCCGGUUUGGUAAUUUUUUCGCACUACGGGUGCUAGUUGAACGUCACACCCAUUACUUCAAAAUCUUUUUUUCAGGGUUUCGGGUGGUUUGCAGAUUUGAAAAACGUCAUUUAUAAUUUUGUAAAUUUUGACGAAAUUAUUACUCUGUAUAAUAUUAUAAAUUUAGGGCUCGGAUAUUUUUGAAAUUGUACAAUAAAAUAUAAUGAAAAUCAUUGUUUUAUAAUAAUACUAUGCAGAUAUAAACUUGAUUCGUAAUCUAGUAGUAAAAGGAAUGAUACCGUUUUUGCAUAUUAUUGCAUAUUCUCGGAUUGCGGACAAUGCGAAAAUGCAUAAUACAGAAUCUUUUUGUAAGUUUUUACCGGUCAUUAAAAAGGCGUAAUAGAUGUCCGUCUAUUCUAUAUCGUGUUUGUUCCAAUUUAUUUAGAUUUAACACGAUAACAUAGAUAACGUAUAUAGUCGCAGUGGAAUUGAAGUGUAUAUAUAAAUCUAUAAAUUUCGAUUUUAUAAUCGGUUCACUUUAUAAAUUAGCAUUGGUUUUUAUUAAGUAUGCUAUAAUAUUAAUAUAUUUUUUUUUUUCUAGUAAAAAUCACGAUUAUAAUAUAUCAUAUCUUAUUAUAAUCUUGGUAAAAGCUCAAACUUUAUGAUUUUUUUAUACAUAUGUGGUAAUUUAUAAGUCUUUAUGAAUAAACAUACAAUGUAGUCGAAUCGUUUCAAGUGCAUAAAACUCCAAGCCCAGAAUUUAUAAAUUUCGCGAUAUAUUCUUAAAAUAUUUUUAUAAUUUUUCAAGUUUCGAUCGUAAAUUUUAUAUUUAUUUUUUCUAAACGUUACAAACCAAUUUUUUUCUCGUCCGAUACAUAUUAACGUUUUCUAUUUAAAACGAGCCACAUAUGCAAAUGGAAUCCUUUGAUUAGCCAGAUAUAGCGUUAUUCAUUUUAAGUAGUUGGAUACCUUAUUCAACUCAAUACAACUCGAUACAACUCAAUCAAUAGUGUAUUUGAGGGUGUGGGCGAUAGGGGCCAUCACCUCCUAGAGAUAUAUUUCAAAAUCACAUUUUAUGUUUGUUAAAAUUAUAAGCGUUUAUAAAUUUAAAUCAAUAAAUAAAUACAUUUUUUUUUUUUCAUAAGAAAUUUUCGUUAUUCUUUUAUAAAGAUAUUCGUAUCAAUAAUAGAUAAUAUAACAGCUCGCGGGUGAUAAUAUCACCUCCGUUUUUCAGCACCUUCACACUUGGAAGGUUUGAAUAAUUGAAUGCACUUAUUAAGUAAAAAAUAUUAAUAUUUAGGUAUUUGUAAUGACAAUAUUGAAACAAAUGUCUUUAUUAUUCGGAAUAUGGUAAAUGCUUUAAAUGAUUGAUUACUUUUGAUUUAUUUUUUAGUAAUAAUAGUUAAAUUCUCUCCUUUUUCUUCUUGCUUACUAUACUCUCCUAAAAUCCACUUUUUGACUUGACACUUUCUUAUUAUUUAUAUCUCUACAUUAGUUAUAUAACUGCUGCUUUUAUUAUUUUGUUAAUAGGUUAAAAAUUCGACUGAGAAAAUUGCUUAACGGGUAUGGCACUGCUUAAUAUUCAUAAAUCAGUUGCAUUAAAUAUUAUUGAUGCUAUAUCAUUGACAGAUCUGCAAAUAUUAAAAACAUUUUGUUUUGGAAAUAAAAAUGUGCUAACAAAUGUUUACAAUUUUUUUUAAGUAGGAGGUUGUUCUCUUUUAAUAUCGCCUCCCUCCCUACCCCGCCCUGAGGUGAAGACUUAAAGACGCCACUGAACUAAACGUUUGUUCUGAUAGCGUCUCAAUGGAUUAUUAUGUCCGAAUCCGACGAUCAUAGAACAAAUGUCUAGUUGCUUUAUCAGCAAAGUCUAUGGUGAUUUUUUAUCGACUAAGUUUUAACUAUUUCACUGAAGACAAUUAAUGACCUCUGAGCAGUAUCAGGUUUGGACCAAUAGUAAAAAAAAAAAACAGACAUCAUAUAUUAACGGUAUAAAAAAAUUGUGAUAUGCAAUCAAAAAGUCAAUAUGAGAAUUCCAUUUGUGUCUGUAGCUCAUUUCAAGUAGGGAACGUUGACGCGCUCCCUGGGUAUACAAUUAUGCAUUCACUUCGUACACAUGCACAACGGACGUUACUCAUCAAUACGCAAAUAUCGUACGAUCGAGUCCCGCUAGUAAAAUAUCGAUUAUUAGGUAGGUACCAAUCUAUUUGAAAUUAAUAUAGGUGUAUGAAAUCAAUGAAAACCUAAUAAUUUGUCAUGAUAUUGUAUCAGUAAAACGUCAAUAAUAUACGUAAUAAUAUUCGUGUACUAUUUCAAACUCGCGUUUAUAAUAUUAUUAUUUCCACACGCUGAACCGAAUAACGAGUUUCUGGCUAUCCGAAGUACAUUUAUUACCUACUACGUAAAAUGUAAAUGCAAUAACGAUACGCGACGGUGAUAAAUAAUUAGGUAAUAUUGCAACAACGACAUACAUCACGAAUUUACGAACGAUCGUAUCGUUAAAUUAAAUUAUUAUUGCGUUUAAUAUCGAACGCAAAGGUACUUAAACAUCUCCAUUAUUAAAAAUAUAUCGUAGCGAAUUGGCGUUCAACAGAAUCGAUUGUGUGCCGUUAUUUUUAAUAUUAGAAUGAAAUGACCUGUUAUUGUAAAACAUAAAGGGAAGAACGCCUCGCCAUUGUCUAUGUUGGUUUUUUUUUCCGUAACUUCAAUAUUUAAACGGCGAAAACCCAAAAGCGAUGUUUUUCCAUUUAAGUUUGACAAUGGGUCAAUUCACUCUAACAUUGAAACUAACAGCAUAAAUCAUAUUGACUUUGCUGUACGCAAAUUUGUAAGACAGAGUCUUAAAAUGCAUGUUAAUAUGAUUAUCUGACGAGCACAAAAAAGUGAAUACAUUCGGUCGCUCAUUUCACUCCGAAAGCGAUAAAAAUAAGUGAAUUAUCAAAAAGAAACCUUUCUGAUAAGUAUGUAAAAUGUGUGGCUUUCACUGUCAGAUGUAAUUGAGUACGUGUAAAGAAAUAUUUUUUUAUUAUUUUAUUUUUAUACUUUUUAUUUAUUAUUAAAAUUUAGAAACUUUCAAAUAAAGAAUACAACUCAUUAUAAACCGUAGCGAGUUGUAAGUAUUCUUCGACGUCGGGAUGUCCAUAACUUGCCCAAUGCUUAAAAAAUAAAGUAAAUAUAAUUCGUAUUUUCCAAUCAGUGGUAGUUUAAUUGAUAUGCAUUUAUCUAUUGUAUCUACUAUCUAUAGUAUCCUCGAAGUCUUAAAAACAUUCAAAAUUCCAGAAGCAAAAAUGACUAUAUGUCGGUCUUGGACACAAUCUACAUAAUAUAAGAAACGCACAAAAAUUUUAAUAAGUUUGAACUUAGGUGGAUUUCCUUUUCUACAAGAAAAAAAUGUCUUUCAUUUUUUUUUUUUUUUUGGUAAUAAUCUAUCUUCACUUUGAGUAUAAUAUAUUAUGUAUGUAUUAAAUUUCCCUAAUUUCUUAUAAAUACUUACCAAUUUCCUACUUGCAAUAGUGGCCUACCCGCGGUGCUGCUUUUUUCAACAGAAUUUUUUCGUACGCACGAAUGCUUUCACCGUGGUCUUGCAUAAUUUUACCGUUUUUAAAAAUGACCUAUACUUAUGCUGUUAUUAUAUCUGAGAUUAAUAAAAUAGAAAUCUUUAACAAUCCAAAAACGGUGUAAACGACCUGUAUGUCUUUAGCAGAACAAUACGAUGACAGGAAAUGUAGGUUUUUUUUUUCGAUGUAUUAUUAUAAUGUGUGACAUGUUCAUCAGCCGAUGUUCUGGACUCUGGAGAUAAGUACACAGUACAAUGAUUACUCAUUGGCACGGAGAAUAACUGAAACUUAUUUUGUUUUUUUUAUUAAAGUACCUAACAAUGAAAUAGGUAUAUUCUGUGUAUUGGACUUUAUAUAUAUAUAUAUUGAUUCCGGUAAAGAUAAUUAUUGAGAAAAUGAGUAAUCUCGUUGAUUUAUACAUAUUUCGACGGUGGAAUAUUGGUCAUGUUUUGUUAUUGUUACAUCCAAAAAAGGAAUAAUAAUGUGAGUAUUUUAUGUUAUUCGGGUUAAAAGACGAUCGUAAACGUGUUUUUCGAGAACGCGAUUAAAUAAAAUGAUUACUUAUACUAUUUAUUAUAGUAAAUAGAUGUACCUACCAGAUGCGUUUAAACAUAAUUUAUAUAAUGAUCUGGUAGAAUGGAAAUUAGACAUGCGUUUAUUGACAUGUUCUGUAGCAGUAGAACUAUUACAUAUAUUAUCUCGUAUUGAAAUAGCAUCGGCUGCUGUCAAAAAAUGUUUGAGUCAAGAAAAAUGUUUAUUUAUAUCUUAUAUAGUAUAGUCAUUAGUCAGUAAAUGAUAGUGUGGGCAGUGGCACAGGUAAUACACAUUUUUUUUUCUGUUUAUUAAAAUAUAAAUUCGAAAACGAUACAUUUUCAAUUUAUGUUAUAACUACUCGUACUAGUAUAUUAUUUGUUUUUCUAAUAUGACUUUAUAUACAAGAAUCUUACGAAUCUUCUUUUAAAACUCGUUUUUAUGACGUUUAAACGAUAGAACUAUUAUAUAACUAUGGUUAUUUUUAGUUUUGGUAAAAAUUUCAAAUUAAUAUUAUUUCUCAAAAAAAUUAACAACACGGUUUAUUUAUAACUAAUUUUGAAAACUAAAUUAUUAUUCACUUCAUAAUGCACUAUUAUGUAUUAGAUUUUAUUAAAAUAACGAAAAUCUUCAUCAAAUAUAGAAGUAAUGUAUAGAAAUACUGUAUUUAUAAACACUAAACAGUAAACACUAUAUAUCUUUAACUUUUAAGUUCGUAAGUAAUAAACAAGACGUGUUAUAAAAAAAAAUUAUCUGUUAACUUUUAACUUUUUCUCAUUAAUACAUAUUAACUUAACUGAAUUAAUACAAAUCAUUAACUUGCCGAGCGUUGCUGUUCCGUAUAGAUAGUAAUAAACUAAGAAAUAUUUAAAGACAAACAUUAAAAUAUAUGCACAUAACAGUAUUGCAAUUAGCGCAAAUUAGACUAAUUAGUAUUAGUAGGUAGGAGGUAUGUUACAUACAAAAUAAUGAAAUUUAAUUAAUAAAUUUGAUAUAUUAGGUUAGAUUAGAUUCUCAUAUUAUAAUAAUCCAUAAAUCAUGAGCUACAAAAACCAACCUCCUACGCACUGAAAAAAAAUUAGACACCUUUCAAAAAAAUCCUUUUAAUAAGCCACUGAAGGUAGGUAAGUAGGUAGUGGAUGACUAAAGCACGUUUAGAUAAAAAUAGAUUAUGUAUUUCCAACAUUAUAUUUUAUGAAACUAUUAGGUUUUUUUUCUAUACAGAAGACAUAUUCGUCUUUUUACUCGACAAUGUAAAUUACCUAAAAAAUUCAAGUUAAAUUACUAAUAUUUUUUUAUAUCAGAUAUGAAUAUUGUGUAAAUUUACAAUUUGUGCAUAUUUCACACAUCACUAUAACUACUUAUAGUAUAAUAAAGAACGAUUUUAGAAAGAGCCUAAGUAAUAAUUUAUUAUAUAAAUUAUCUUUAUCAUUUACUUUUUAUGGUUAAAUUUACUCUCUGAUAUUAUAUCGAAAUGUACUGACAUAAAAGUCCUCUAUCAAAUAAUAAUACAAAAUUCACAUAAGAAUUGUUAUUUAUUAUCAAACGUGUAUAUAAACUACAGUGGUACAAUUAAACGUGGUUUAAAAUUUCACAUUGAAUUGAAUAAUAGGUGUGUAAUCCGAAAACAAUCGAAAUUGAACCGUCCAAUAAUACAUUUUCAUCAUUAGAUUAUACAGUUUUCUUGGGAAACGAUGACAAAUUCAAACAUCACAGUUUGUAUGUGAAUAAAUUACAAAUCAUUGAAUAGUACCUACCUAUAUAAAAAGAAAACCGAAGUAGGCAAAAAAAAAAAAUGUUUUAUUUAUUUUAAAAUGUUGUAAUACUAUAGGUACAAGUUUAAAACACGUCGCAGGACUAGUUUGUAAUACAGCGAAUUUCACUUACAUCUCGAUACGUGUGAAAUGAUGAACUUUGUAUAAAUUUUACGUAAUGUAUAAAAAAUGUGCGACAUAAAUGUUGAAUUUUAUGUGACUUGAGAUCGAGAGUACUCUUUUGUUUAUUUAACAUACGUUUAGACUGCGUUUUUACGCAGCUCUGACUUGAAAUAAACGCGCAGUUGUAGAAGUUACAACUGCGCAUUUCUAAAUUUUAAUUUAUACAACAAUAGUUUAAUAAUCCAUAAGUUCCUAUAUAAGUGUAUGUAAGAUAUGAUUAAAAUAAUACAAUUACAGUAAAUCUGAACUAUGUACAUUGUACAACAGUAUAGUGAAUAUAGUUUAUAAGUUAUAACUUAUAAUAAAAACCAGGAAACUAUAAAAAUAAAAUUUAUUUGGCCUUUUUUUGAGCUUGCUACUUCAGAUAUAAUAUAAUAAUUAUAACAUAAUACCAAUCAUUAUAAAAUCCACUAUUGCGUCAGCCAUGAUGAUUUCUAAAACAAUCCUUAAAAUAAGGUCUGCACUUUUGAAUUUACGAUUUGUUCGUUUAAGCAAAAAGUAUACACUUUUUACAUAGAAUUCACACUACAAUAUAGAUUAGAUAACUACAUAUUCGAUGGCGUGACUGGUAUGAAUAAUUUAUUCCUUAGAUAUCAAAAAUAGGUCAAAAGGGGUUUUUCUUAAGCUAACGUAAUUUAUAAACUUUUACAAAUGGUACAUGUUCUUUACAUCACUAAUGUAUCUUUAACAAUAAGAGUACAUCUCAACAUUUUUUUUUUUUUUUUUGAAAAUAUAUAAUUUCAAUUUGAAAACUUGUGAUCAAACUUACAUGUUAAGUAUAGCGAUCGUGUAGUUUUCUUUAUUUUUUUGCGGCGGCCCUGAUUAAUUAAUUUUGGGGAUUUUGAAUGUCAUAAAAGACUCCCCCUAUUAAAUAUAGUCCGGCUUGUAUUGUGCAAAUAUCCAUAUUCGAAUUUUUUUAAAUAUUUACACGGAAAAGUUGAAUUUCAUUUUUAACCUUUUCAUAUACUUUAUGAGUAGAAAAAUAUAAAUACACGCACAUGUAGAUACCUACAACUGGUUCCGGAAAAGAACAAAAUAAUAUACAUUGGUACAACAUAAUUUGUAACGUUAUUUUUAUAAAUUUACCGCCAACGCUCAACGCAAAAUACGGGGAAUUAUUUUAACCACAACCACGGUUUAAAAUUUUUUCUUUGUUGUACUGACGUAUAAGGUUUUCUUCACAUAUAUUAUAAUAUUGUGUUGCGGUAAACCGCCUCACUAUAGUAUACGUGGAGAGAGAAUUUGAUUGUAAAAUAAUAAUAAUAAUAAUAAGAAUAAUGAAAAUAAUAAUAAUAACAAUAUCUUCAGUGUCAUUUAUCAUCGUACGGUACGUUUGUCGGCAGUCACGUUCUCCCGAUCGCUGACAGCAGGUUGUUUCUUUGCGGUUUGGAUUAGGUGUUCGAAAACUAUGCGCUUUCGGAGCAAGCCCAAGUAUAUCUACUCUAAAAAAUGUUAACAUUUCCUGCUUAAAACGAAUCAUAUAUAUAAAUGGAAUCUCCUGAUGGUUUUUUAAUUGUUUAUUACAAAUUUAUAAUAUCGAUGUAACAUGAUACUUGAGACGUAUUUUUCACCGUUGGUCCGAACCUAAUACUGCUCCGAGAACCUUAGUGCGUUAAGUGUAAACCUAAAACACCGCCGAUGAAAAACCACGAGAUUUUUUAAUAUAGUAUUAAAAAAUUUGGUAUGAUCGUCAGAUUAGAAUCUAACCCAGUAUUAAUUAUAUGCACGUUAAUCUAUUUUGACGCCAUUGGUACAGAUAUUGGGAUAGCUAACCAACCUGGGAAGUAUAUACUGGUUUGAUUUCCAAUCGCCUUUUUGUAUUGCCUUAAAUAUAGUAAAAGUUAUAUUUCUACAGCAGGAAAAUAUUAUACUUUUUAGUAUAAUUAUGUUUUUGGUUUUGUUUGAAAACAUUAAUAAAAAUUAAAAUAUAUAAUUAUUACAAAAAAAAGGAAGAACUUCCAAAAUAUCGGGGGGGGGGCGAGAGAAUAAAGAUAAUUUGACAUCCUUGGAUGGGAGGGGCUACAGAUCCACCUCUUCUCCCUUUUGUUCUCUAUUUCAAAAAUCGUAAACCUGACAAACUUAACUUAAAACGAAUAAACGCCAUAUGUCUGGCUGAUCAAAAGAUUCCAUUUACUUCAUCGACUCGUUUCAGGUAGGGGAUGUUAAUACGCCUUCGGGAACGCGCAAUUUCGAUAGUUUUCGAACGACUACGGAUAUAAUAAGGUGCCGGUGGAAAUUUGUGGACUUCAUAUGUCAUAAUAAUAUUUUAUUAUAUGAAUUACACCCAUUCGAUAUUAUGCGUGAGCGAUAAUUAGCCGUACCGAACCUGUUCUCGGAGGUCGCUGCGAUCCUUUUGUCGCGCAGACGACGGAAUAAUUACGAUAAUAAUUCAUGUGUAUAUAUAUAUAUAGUUGCACAUAAAUAGGUACCUACUGUUUAAUUCGUAGAACAGUCCUCCCCUCCCCCCAUCUCGACAUCCUUCGUACAUAUACCCGAUCCUCUUAAUCAUAUACUUCGACGAGGUAGUAAGUACAUUGUAGAAAGUUUUUUUUUUUUUUUUUUAUCCUAGACUAUAUUACAUUAAAUAGGUGCACUCGGUGAAAGGAUAUAAUAUUCGAUUAGUAUAUAUAGAUAUAGAUAUAAAUAUAACUUGCGUAAAGACCUGCGGCCACACACUGCCAAAUAUGGAUAUCGACAGCUAGUUCGUUUUGACGAUAAACAAGCCGUUACCGCGGCAAGAUUCGUAAAUAUGAGAAAAUGUCAAGUUGAUCUUUUUAUGGUAUACAGAUGGUCAGUAUAGUUAUAUUAUUAUCAAAAGAUUGAUACAAUGUUUGAUGGCAAAUAUAAUCAUAGUGGGACGUCGUUAAACAAAAACAGUGCUCGCGAACUUUUAAUUUAUACAGGUAUUGGAAGAUCGUGUAUACGGAAAAUUAACGAUUAACCAUUAGUGAACAUUUGUAAUACCAAACGUUUUGUUCCAAAAUAAUUUUAUCAAAUGGUUAUCUUGAAAUUAGUAAAUAAUUUAAAUUCUAUAUUUGCAUUAUUGUUAUUUUUUAAAUUUUUAUCUAGGGAUAAACACCGUCUAUACGAAAAAAAAAAAAUGGAUAAUAAGAAUAUUUUAUAAAAUAACAUGCAUAAGCGUGAGAAAGAAGUCGAUGAAAGAAGUCACCCAUUAGUCGACUUCAAUUUUGGUUAUUUAUAAUAGGUACAGUAGUUAUUCGGGUACAGUAUUAUAGGAGGUCACGACACCAUGUUCUUUUUAGCCUGCGACAAAAAUUUCCGGAAAGGGUUGGUAUGUUUGAAUUUUUUAUAAACGGGUUUUAGUGAGAGGCAAGUUUAUUAAAGAAUCGGCUUUAGUACAUUUUGGCAUCUUCAUCAAUUGUUUUGAUAUGAAAUAUAUCGUGGUGGAGAGUAUGAUUAGAAACAAAGAAGGUAGCGUUAAUAACUUUACGGAGCAAGAUGAUUUGAAACGUUUGUAUUUUAUUCGUAUUCGGUUUGUUGGCCUAGUCCCAAAGUUGAAGUUCGUGUGUCCAAGUAGGUUUUAGAAGUGAUUAAUAGAUUAUUAAUUUGGUUUUCAAGUUAUUGAACUAAUUGUUUUUAGAAUACGUGAGCGUGCGUUUAUGUAAUUAAUCUUUUAGUUUUUAAAUGUUUAUUCCAGGUAAGUCGUAUCAAAAUGGAGUUUUAAAUAUUUAACCGUGUCCGAAGUAAGAAUUACAAUAUUUGUUUAUAAAAAACUUUGGGUGUUUCAGUGCUUGAGUCUUAAUGUGAAGGUAGUGUGUAUUGAUUAAGAGUAAUUUAUUUUGACUUUCCAUUUAUUAAACCAGUCAGCUAUUAGGUUCAGAUGGCGUUGUAGAUUUUAAAUAUAAAUCAUAAGAAUCAUAGCAUAAGGCUGUAAUAAUUAUUACAGGCAAAAAAAAACUUAAACAUGUUGAACAGAACAAAAAUUAUUGCAUUUAUCAAACCUCUGAGUACAUAGGGCCACCAUGUAUGUUGUUAAAGCGCAUAUAAAUAAGAAAAUUAAAAGAUAAUUAAUCAUUGCUAUAUUUUUUACAAAAUAUUAGUUUUUUUUUUUUUUUUUUUUUUAUAAAUUAUGAUUAGUAAACCAAUAUUGCUAAUACUAGUAGGUACAUUAAUCACGUUAAUCCCGCGUUAUUAUUUUUCGUUUAAAAACUUAUUAUUGAUUCAAUUAAUAAUAUAAUGGUAAUUCAAUUCAUUAAAUAAUAUUAUUGUGUAAUUUAAAUAGGUAUCAACUAGAUUCCCAAUCGAUUUACUUUUUAAACUAUUUUAAAAUAUAUUUAUUUUCGAGUUAAAAUUAUCUUACAUACUUAUAGCUGUAAUUGUUAUUAGAGAAAAUGUGAAAGUUGAUUUCGACAUUUUCAAAACACAAACAGUAGUAGUUUAAAAUAAUUAAAUCAAUUAAUUAAGAAAAAAAAUAGUUGAUACUGGAGACGGAUGCUGCCGUUAUUGUGGGCGAGUAGAUGAAAAGGUGGGAUACAUAAAAUGAUUUAACUUAUAUCUGCAAUGAACGAUAAACCAUCGCUAACGAAAAAGGAUUCAGAACGAUGUUCGAUUAUACAUUUUUGAAAGGCCAUACUAUUUGCGAUCUUAAUCAAAAUUUAAUUUUAAAACUUAUCAAAAAAAAAAUAAAUAAAUAAAAAUACAAUACUACAUUAAACUGAAUUUUUUUUUCACUACUAAGUAAGGCUUAUGAAUCUCCUGUCAAAUUUUCAAGCAUUUAUGUUUAGUCUAACAAUUUUUUAUCUAAAGAAUAUUUACAUAAAUACAAAUAACGUAAAAAACUGGCAAAAUUAAAAUAUCUAUAAACAGCUCAAAACUGGCUCAAAUAUUUUGAAAAUGUUACCACGUCUUAAAAAAAUCAAAUACAAAUUUUCUACAAAUAUAACUGAAUUAUAUUAAAAAAACAAAAUUUGAAAUAAUAAACAAAUUAUUUUCGUAAAUUUUCCCAUUCUUUCUAAACGUAAUUUUCGGUUUUUCUCAAUUAUUACAAAAACUACCAGAAAUAUCGGUAAUGCUGCCAUAAAUAUUUGCCAUUUUACCUAUAAUUUUCUUUCGAUUUUUUUCCCUCUAUUUCGAAAAACUCCUCGAAAAAUUAAAAAGUGACCUCUCCAAUUUAUACUAACUAGAUAAAAUUUCCUUUCAGCAAAGCUGCACAUUGGAGCAACAUUUUUUGAAAAAAAAAAUAAUAAAAAAUUGACUACCAUGUACUAUAGCAAUACUAUAGUAUUUUAUAAGAGUUUUAAAAUUGAAUAUUGACGAAAAUCGUGUCAGAAUAACUUCUGCUUGUUUAUUAUGAAAUACAUGGAUAAAUUAAUAUUUAACCGAUUUUUAAAAAAAAGCGUAUUGAGUAUUUUAUUAUAUUUACGUAUGUUCCAGAUGAAACACGUUAUUUUGGCAGUAUUCUUUUUGGCGAGUGCGGCGAGAUGUUACGAUUACGAUAAGGUGUUGCGGUUGUCACUUUUAUUUUACGAAGCACAGAGGUCGGGUCAUUUGCCCGCCGACAACCGAAUUCCGUGGCGGGGCGACUCUGCGACUACGGACAAAGGGCAAAAUGGCGAAGACCUAUCCGGAGGAUAUUACGACGGUAAUUUUACCAAAUACAAUAAAAAUCUGUAUAAAAUGUUAAAUAUAAAUUUAAAAUAAAUACUUCAAAUGUUUAGAUAUUUAAACGAUUCGAUAUACAUGAUAUUUUAUAAUAUUAUAUUGCUAUAUUGUAUAAAACAAAUGUUGAAAAUCAGGAAAUUUUUACAAUUUUCAUACUCAGUAAGAACAUAGUAUCAUAUUACCUAGAGAUACGACUAAGACAUGAUUCCCAAUUUCCUAGUUUCCGGUUGUCUACAAGUAACAUACGAAUUGGUUCUGAUGAGCUUUCAUAAUAUUAAUAAAACUAUAUUAUGUUAAAUUAGCUUUUUUUUAAAUUAAUUUUUUUUUCAAAUUAUUAUCAUUUAUUAUAUAUUCAACUAACAAAAAUUUCCUUUCCGUUUUACACAGACUUCAGGGUCUAGAAUACCCUGGUGUUGUAGUGAAAUUUGGUAGUCAUUCAAUUUUUUUAAUCAAAAACUUUUAGUAUUUUUGAGUUUUAUAGAACAUUUAAACUUUUUAUAUAUUUUUGGAAAAUUAAUACAAUUUUUUAAACGAAUCUAAGCUGAGCUCGGUUAUUAGUAUUGCUUUUUCAACAAUAUGCGUUUUCACGACAACAACGAUUAUUUAAAAAAGAUUAAAAUAAUAAAAACAAAAACGGUUGCCAAUGACAAAUUUCCUUAUUUAACCUUCAGAACCAAUUUUUCUUUAUUUUCUCGGAUGUUAAUAAAAAUUUAAAAGUACUAACUAGAGUUAAAAUGCAACAAAAAGGUCUCUUGUCAUGUUUUAGUUGGAGCAAGAUUUCUAAGAGAAAAGUUGUUUACAGACAGAAAAAAUGUUUGAAAAAUAAAUAAAAAGGACGGACAUACUUUGUACGUGGGGGCAGCCAUUCAGUGACAGAUCCAGGGGGAGGGAACAGGGGCACGUGCCUCCCGUCAACUUAAUCCAAGUUUUUAUUUAUAUAUUUUAUAUUAAUUUUAUAUAUAGUUUAUAAUACAUUUACUGAAAAUAUAAAUAACGUGCCUCCCUUUAAACAAUUUCUGGAUCCGCUGAUUUAAGCCACUGUUGUAGGUGGGAAGUUGGAAAGGUAGAAUACAGAAGGGAAUUUAAUCGGUAUCUGUAAGCAACGAUAAACCAUUGCUACCGAAAAAAACGAUUCUUAGAAAAGUUCAGUUGAUAUUGUUGCUUUGUCAAUAAUAUAUGACAUAUUGUGGUAAAAUGAGUGCGACAAUGUGCGUUUCCAUGACAAAAAUAAUUGUUUAAAAACUAUUAAAAUAAUAAAAACUUAAUAAUAACAAAAAAUAAAUAAAAACGGUUGCUGAUGACAACUGUAUUUUAAAUCGACCAAUCUUUUUUUAAUCUAAAGAACCAAGUUUUCUCAUUAUCUCGAAUAUUAAUGAGAGUUUCAGAAAUUACCUCUCUAAAGUACCACUCAGAGAAAAUUUACUUUCAGAAAAGAUGUUUGAUAAUCGGAGUUAGCUUUAUGGUAGAAAAAGUGUUCACACAAAAAAAAAAAAAUAAAGAAACAUUGUAAACAUUAUAAAACAUUGUAAAACUAAUACAUUCUUCGCUAAACUAAGAAUCUAAAAUACACACUAUUGUGAAACCAAUAGAUCCUUCGCUUCACUCUGAAUCUAAAGCAGAAAUUAACUAAAAUGUUUAGGUUGUCAGUGGUACGUGUUAUAAUUAAGUAAAGAUACGUAAACAACCAAAAAUAAUCGAGAGAACUAAAAAAAGCGAUUUGUCUAAAAACAAUCGAAAUAGGCUAUGAAAGCACAUUAAAAUUUCAUAUUUGAGAUCAUUGUAAACAUGGCAUGGGUUUCCAUAACAUUCUGCUAAAUUUUAAAUUAAGCCAAAAUAGUAAGUAAAUGCUUGAUGUUCCGAACCCUGGUUAUAACACAGAUAUACCUACAUGAUAUUAUAGAUAUAUUACUUGUUAACGGUCUACUUUAAAAUCACAAUAAAUAUUAUUGAAAUACUUCCUAUAAUCCUAUAAUUAAAUAAAUUGCACCUACUGGUUAUAUUGUAUACAUGCAUAUAUUAGAAUACUAUGAAAACCACUGAAGAAAUCGUUUACCAGGAAGAAUGUCAAGGACUUAUAUGUAACUUGUAUCUGCAAAUUACAAUAAUAACACGUCGACACGUUUUCACAUAUUAUAAUUUUUUACAUCGUGUUAUUAUCACAUAAUUAUAGUCUUUAGUAAGUCCCUGUUACAUGUACGAACUACAAUGAAUUAUCGGAAUACAUUUUUUAAUAUAACAGUUCUUGUAUUAUUUGCGAUGAAAAUCAUUUUUAAAAAGACUGAUAUUACUGAUGGGUGUGCCGUUGUUUUAGGAGGAAAGUUAAAAGAAAGGAUAUCGAGAGCAAUUUAAAUUAAGUUUAUCUAUACGGUGUAGUUAUACAUUAAUGUGUCCAGAGGAAUAAUAUUUUUUUCACCUCUAAAAUAGAAAACAGAAAUUAUACUCUUGUCAUCAAAACAGUAUUGUGAUCUUUGCUUGGAAAAUAUGAACCCAACCACACUUUAUCAUAUAAAAAAUUAAUUUAAACUUGAAAUUGAGCAAAUUUACAUUUAUAACAUAUAUUAUAUAAGGUUGUUUUUUUUUGGGGGGGGGGGGUGGUAAUUUUUAAUUUUAGUGUACUAGCCUCUAGCAUUUCCCAGAUUGCACCAAAACAUAUAAUAUUACAUAAACUGCACUAAUUUAUAAGUGCACUUACAAUUCCCAAUAUAUAUUAUCGAAUUACAUAUGAUAUAGACGGGACAUUGUACACAAUACUCAUGUUUAUUUUGUAUUUUAUAUUGUAUCUAUAUUAUUUGUUUUCACGACGCAUCGGUGUUUAAUCUGUCAGCAAUAAUUCCGUCUAUUACCCACAAGUAUAUUAUCACAGAUAAAUAUUAUAUCGUUGGACUGUGCGUAUAUUACGCCCAGUCCAACGUAUUGGCAUAAUAGUACAAUUCCAUAAUAUUAUAUUAUAUAGCUGUAUUAAAUAAGACGCGUUUCGUUUUGUCGAGACAAAAGUAUAUGCGUAAAUAUGGUAUAAUAUUAUACUGUAUAAAUAUAUAUUAUGUCGUAUAUUUACUUAACAUUUUGUUUUAUUUAAUCCUUUAUUUAUUUAUUUUUGUAAAAAGUAAUAUUCAGUCUUUAUAAUAUUAGCAAUUUAUUAUCAAUUUGUACUAGGGCGAUCCUUAAAACUGAACUUUGGAAAUUUGUUAAUUAUAAAAAUCUAAAUUUGUUUGAAUACAUUUAAAAGUAAAGUAUACAAAUUUUAGGACAGUCGGACAAAAAAUUUAACCCAUGUCACAAAAGGGUUCAACUUGUAUAUCCUUAUAUUUUUAGAAAAUAACACAGUAACUAUACGCUCAACUAAGUACUGAGCACGUAAUCCGGAUCAUUCCGAACACCGGAUUACUGAUCUGCGGAUUGAACAAAAUGUGACAAAAUAUUAUCCGGAUUUCAAUGACCAAAUUCGUAUUGAUGUCGUCGAUCCGGAUUAAUGUAAAAUUCAGGUUAAAUUCAAUUUUAAAUCGUCAAUUAAAUGACAUUAGUGGUCGUGUCGUUAGACCAUUUUAACCAUUUAAAACACAUUUCAAAAUUGUUUUCAUUAAGUUGAUCAAGUUAUUGUUAUAAUAUAUUUCAUUUACUUAUUUCUUUCCUGAUUUAUCCAGAAUUCUAGAUUAAAUGUAUAAUAAUGACUAGGUUGAUAUCCAUAUUACGAACUGAAUCCGUUAAAUCAGCUCAAACAAAUUUUUUUUAAUGUGUUCUACAAAUUGUUCGAAUGCAGAUUGCGGAUUGUUCAAACUUCUACUCUGCAAUAUAAUACGUAUAGAUUUCGAAUCCUAUAGACGUAAAUACUUAUAGAUAUAGACGUAUUAGUUGUAAAAGUACCAAUUCGCGUUUUAUAAUAUUAUGCGAUUAUAAUACAAUAUUGUAUUCAAAUGCAUUACAGACAAACAUAUUAUAUGGUUAAUAUGAAAAAAAAAAAAAAAAAUCGAAUAUUUGAAUUUUUUUGUCAAUCAUACUAAGGAAAAUAUCUACACAAUAUAAUAAUUAUUUCAGCUGGCGAUUUUGUAAAAUUCGGUUUUACAAUGGCAAGUACAACAACUAUUUUGGCAUGGGGCUGUUUGAGUUAUAAAGAAGCAUACGAGAAGGCCAGUAAGUAUGUCUUUUAUAUGUAGCACAGACGCGAGUUUCACACGAAAUACAAAUUUAUACAUCCAUACCUAUAUUUUUUUUUUAAUCUUAAUUUAUCAAAUUAGUAUAACAAAAAUUCUAUUAUUAAUCGUUAAUAAUAUUUUUAAUUUGUUUAAAUACAAAUUUAUAAUGUAUUAUUGUAUUAUAGACGAGUGGGAAAACGCAUUGAGUGCAAUCCGUUGGGCUGCUGAAUACUUUAUCAAAUGUCAUGUUAGUGAUUACGAGUUGUACGGCCAGGUGGGAGACUUUAGUCUGGAUCAAGGAUUUUGGGGUCGGCCCGAAGACAUGAAUAUGUCCAGACCAGCGUACAAAAUCGAUAAAAAUCGACCAGGUAACAAUUGCCACGAAUAUACAGAUAGAUACUCGAAUCGCGUGGGAUAACAUACCUAUAUUAUAGAUAAACUUAAAGAGAUUGGUAACGGUUUUCCAAACUUUCUCCAAUUUUUUAAAAUUUGAAAUUUUUUGUUUACAUUUGAUGAUAAAACAUUCCUACUAAUUUACUGCACGAUACCAAUUUAAGGGGCACGAUCUUGUUUGCAGACGAAUAUGACGUUUUAGACCAAAAAAUCAAACAAAACUGUAGGGAUUGCGUUCACGGAUUUCAAUUUUUAAAAUGUUUUAUGGUAAUUAAGAUUCUUUACUGAUCGUAACGACAUUUGUACAGGUUCUGAUCUCGCCGGAGAAACAUCAGCUGCACUGUCUGCCGUGUCGAUUUUAUUCGCCAAUAUCGAUUCGAACUUUUCGACGAAUUGCCUGAAUCAUGCUAAACAAUUGUACAAGUUUGGGACUCAGUACAGAGGUCUGUAUCACGACGCCAUCAAAGGAGCUGCGCAAUAUUACGAGUAUAACCGUAUACGACAAAUUAAAUUUCGUUUUAUAUUUAUAAUUUUUUUUUUAUUCCGAUACCUAUAUAAAGAUCGACAGACUACGGUGAUGAAUUAACGUGGGCGGCAUCGUGGUUGUAUAAAGCUACAAACGAAUCGAAAUAUCUGGAAGACGCCGAAUACAUGUACAUGAAAUAUAGACUCAAAGAACGGCCAAACGAAUUUUACUACAACAAGAAAGUCGCAGGUAUACAGGUAAACCGUGCGUCGAUUGUGUCAUAAACAAAUAAUUCAAUCAUCGAUUUUCAACUUAUUAUUGGACAUAUUUUAGAUUCUAAGCGAAGCGAAGAAUGCAUUGGUUUUACAAUUAUGUUAACUUGUUAAUUUUUUUUUUUAUACUGUCUACAAAAUGUCUACCAGUAAUUUUGUUAUGAUUUUCAAGUGUAACACUUUUCCAGAAGGAAAUUUUAUCUAGUCGGUUCAUUUUUCGAUUUUCCAUAUAGUUUUCAUAAUAUUCGGGGGGAAAUAGGAAAAUUUAAGAAAAUAAUGCUUUAAUUUUUUAAAAAUUUUUUUCUUGUUGUGAUUCAGUUAAAAAUAUUCGUAGACUUGAAAUUCGGACAGAACACUUAUAAUUUAGUGAUCAAAUUAUCAAAAUUCAUCAUAAAUAUUACCUUUUAAAAUAUGUACAACCGAACUCCGCUCAGAAUCGUUAUUCGUUAAUAAAUAAAUAUACCAAACUCUUAUACCAGCAUAGUACGUAUCUCAACCAAUAAAUCUGUAAAAAAAUUUUAGAACUAAAAAAAUUGAUACGCAUUAUUGCAGUAUGUGUGACGAUAUUAUGAAUAACUAUUAUUAAUUGGCCGUAUACAAUAAUACAUUAUUUCAGAUGAUAUUGGCCCAACUGACGAAUCAAGCGGAGUAUAUCGAAGCGAUUCAAAAUUUUUGCGAUUUCAAUUUAAACGUCCAAAAGAGAACGCCAAAAGGAUUAUUAUACAUUGACAAAUCUGGUACGCUAUGUUUCGCAGCGAAUAUAGUUUUCUUGUGUUUGCAGGUACUUCUAUCUUUUUAAUCGUACUCAAUAAAAUAUAUAUUGUUGUUAUUAAUGCGUUGACAUGUUGUUUCAAAAAAAAAACCUGUAUAAAUUUGAGUUACUUUUAUAAUUUUUCAGGCCGCUGAUAUCGGUGUAAUGUCGACGCAAUAUCGAGAAUUCGCCAGAGAACAGAUAAAUUACAUGUUAGGAGAUGGAGGACAAAGCUACGUCGUCGGGUUCGGUGAAAACUACCCUCAACAACCACACCACGCGGCAAGGUGAUAAUUUAAGUGUAAAUUAGUACAGUAUGCAAUUACAAGACCAAAACAAUUUCUAUCGAUUUUCGAAAAUUUGUGUGUCGUGCCAUUAAUAGGUCAUUCUUUACGUUAGGAUGAAAAUGGACGAUUUUUAGCCAUGAAAACGAUAUUUUUGAAUGAGAAAACUAUUGCCCCUUCAAAUUUGUCGCUUUGUAAUUUUAUGUACACAUGUGUUUGUGUAAACGCAUCAUCAGAAUUCUUCGGCAUCGCAUAAUUUGUAUAUUCCUGUUGUAUAUUUUAUUAAUGUAACCAGAGACGGAAUGGCCCGUCGAAUGAUACCAAAUCGGUUCUAGAGUUUAUAUCCCAUAUGCCGAAUUGGUUUUGAAAAAAGUACUUUAAGAAUGUAGGUGAAUCAAAUUUGUUCCUGUUUAGUACCUACAUGUAUACAUUAAAUAUAAUAUCAUAUUAAAAUAUGUAGGACAUUUUUAAACUUUUAUCCAAAAAUAAUAAAAUAAUAAUUGAUUUUUUUAGUUUUUUUACAAAAACAUAAAAUUCAAGUAUAAAUAUUUGUAUUACUUAUCUCUGCGAGUAAUAUAAAAAAAAUACAGAAUUCAAUUAACUUUAUUAUCUCAGGAGAUAUUGCAAUAAGUAUAUCUUCGCGGGACACCAUGUUUACCGGAAAUAAAAUACUGAAGUGUAACUAGUAUAUAAAACCAUUGAUCGCUGAUUAAUCUCAAACAAUACUUACAUGUAUCACAAAUUCAAACGGGAACCAAUCAGGCUACACCCAGCAUAUCAAGUUACCAAGAAAAUCCCGGUAGCCUGACCAUUGACCUGGGCAUUUUCAUCUAUGCUAUUAGCCUGAGUAUCGUAUUUAUAAUAAAAUUAUAAAAUUGCUGAAUGUUGAGUAGGCGAAAUUCCAUAUUAUUAUUUAGGUGGUAGCGAUUAUAUUAAAUUAGAUAAGUUAGGAAACCUGCGUAAAAGUGAACAAAAAAGAUAGACAUAAAAUGAAACAGAAAUAUGAAUGUGCUUCUCCCUUAACUUGAAAUGGUCACGGUUUUCUGCCUUGAAGAUGCUAUAUUGAAAUCUAAUAGAAAACGAAUUCGCAACAUCCGAUCUAAUCUGUAUGAUAAUUUAUUCCAUAUCCAGUCCACGACUGUAUUUCCCCUAACCCUCUACAUUUUCCCAGCUACCACUUUAUAGACAUUGAAAAAAUGUGACAUGGAAAAAAAAAUGUCUCGGGUUGAUUAUAUCUACCCCUAACUAUGGAAAUCAGGAUUAAAAUAUACUUAAUAUUAUUAUCGUUUCACAGUUCUUGUGAGGAUCGGCCGGCCCCCUGCAAUUGGGACGCAUACCGAAGUACCAAGGCCAAUCCGCAGAUACUGUACGGCGCACUGGUCAGCGGACCGGAUAUGAACGACAACUACAAGGACCUGAGGGAGGAGUACAUCUACAACGAAGUGACGUUGGACUACAACGCGGGUUUCCAGUCAGCCGUGGCCGGACUCAGGCUGCUCGAACUGCAAGCGGAAUCGGAAAAGUCACAGAGGUCAUACGAAGGCGGUCUGUUCAACCGGAACUGGGCAAAUAUCUUCGAACCCAACGCGACUGCAGUCGUUUAAACGACGAGUUUUAACACAAUUGCCCCUCCCCACUCCCCAGUCAAUUGUCACAUAAUUUAUUUAUUCGUUUCAUAUUAUAAUAUUUUAUUUGAAUCGGAGCCUAGAAUUUCAAGAAACCUGUACAGGUAUUUGUUUGUAGUGCACUGCCACCACCGUCGUUUGGUUGGGAUAAAUUUGGUCCUAACCAGCGCCAACCUUUUUUUUUUUAUUAUUUUUUUUUUACUUUAUUUUAAUUACAUAAUAUACGAAAUCGCGUUAUUUUAAAUGUGAAUGUAAACUAUAAAUUUGUAGUGCGGUUAAGGGAGUAAACACGUUUUUUCGGGAUGAUGCGAAACUUGUAAAUACGGUCACCGUCAUUACCUAACUUAAUCUAACCCCACUGGUUCGUGGUCAUAAAUAUAUAUAUAUAUGUAUUAGUACGUACUUAUGUAUGCGCAAAUGAGGAAAAUGGGAAAGCCAAACGACUAUAUAUUAUAAAUACACAAAAUACGACUUAUACCGAUGCAAACCUUUCUGAAACUUUAGACUGUGAUCUCGUGUACACUGUAUAAUAAAAUACACUUGUACGUAUCUAUGUAACACGCUGAAGAUUCUGGUGAGCAAAAUAAACGGACGAAACCAAAAAUGGCAAAAAUCGUCUCUAAUGUAUAACAAAAUGGCCUUUCAUAAAAAUAUAUAUUCUCAAUACUUUGCAAUUUUUUAUUCAGUAAAGUAAAGAUAAAGAAACAAAGUUCCGAUUUAAAUAUAGUAUCAAUCAUAUUCGUCCGUGUGCAGUUUUAUAAUAUAAAAUAUGAUCGAGCCGUGCAUUCGAUGGAAAGCGAGUCGGACACGUCGAACACUCGUCUGCGGUGUCAGACCAUCGGAACCACGGUGCAAAAAGUACAACACUAUCGAUAAUCUUAUUAGUUAGAAAUAGAGAUCCCUUCUUCUGCAACCUCGAGUUACGUUUUUAUAUAAUAGAUAUUUUAUAAUUUAAAAUAAUAAAAUCUAAAAAAAACUUAAGUAUUUUUACCGCAUAAAAACGAAAUAAAUGUUACAAUUUUAUAACCUCUCCAAAAUUUACUAUCCUAUAAUAUAUUUAUUUAAAAACAAAAAUAAUAAAAAAUGUAAGUCUUUGGUAAUUUCUUAUUAUAAUAAUUUGAUAAUUUAAUUUUGUGUUAUACUAAGG